UUUCUUGUGCUGCAGUUGAAGUUGCUGCUUUUACGGUACAAUGUCUUUCAAUCGAGGAAUAAAACGUGAUUCCUUUGGGAAUCGAAACUUUAAUAAUCGAGGAGGUGGAGGUGGAGGUGGUGGAGGUGGAGGCGGGGGGGGUGGGGGACGGGGUGGUAACAUGGGAGGAAGUGGAGGAGGCAUGGGUGGUGGAAUGGGAGGAGGAGGUGGAGGUGGUGGUGGAGGAGGUGGAAGCGGUGGAAUGAAUCCUUGGGAAGGAGGUAUGAUGCCUGGCAGAGGAAUUUUACCAACACCAAAUAACAAUUUGCCUUUAGUAUCACCACAAGCACAAUUAGCAAUAGCCAGUAACCUUCUUACAAAUCUACUUCGUGGUCAACAAGAAAUAGUACCACCGUUACCAUCACUCCUAAGCAUUGGCAGUAACUAUUCUGGACCAGGACCUAACUUUCCAAAUCAACAGAACUUUAAUUCAGGGCCUUUUAAUGAUCGUCCUGUUAGGCACCCAAUGAAGAAUCAACGACCACAACCAUAUAAUAAGAUGGGCAAUCGCGCCCGUGAUGGCCCUGCUGGGCGACGUGGUCCAUCUGCACAACAAUCUCGUGCACCCCAGUCUGGCAGUCAGCGUAUGAAUGGAAACCAAACUCAGCAUCGCAACGAUAAAUCUUCUAAACCAAUUCCUGCCUCUAAACAAAAUCAGACUGCCAAAAAGGAACAGCAGGACAUUAAGACCUCUGAUAAUGAAAAAGCAGAAGCACCUGCUGUAACAAGCGGAGAAAAUGAAGAGUCUGAAGAAAAGAAGAUUGAUUGGAAAGAUCUAAAAAAGGAGUCUGAGGAAGAUUCAAUUGCUAAGACUGAGGAAACAGGAGAAAAGACUCAGGACGAUACCGAGAUAGAAAAGUCUGAUAAACCUGCAACAGAUGAAGCAGCUCCAAAGGACGGAAAUUCAUCUAUAACUGAGAAAGAUGCAAAGAUGACUGGCAAGAAGUCAGAAGCUAGACAUGCUGAAAGUCGUUACGCAGAGGUUCCGAUGAGUCACAUGUUCUGUCAUAUUUGCAACAAACACAUGUGGGAUGGAUAUUCCUUCGAAAAUCAUUUAAGAGGACGAGCGCAUCAGUUGAUGAUGGAAAAAUUAGAUGAAUCGUAUAAAUUAAAAGUUGAUCUGAUGAGGCACGAAUUAAGAGUAGCAGAAGAACAGCGUGAACUUAGUUUAACUAAUUCGAAACGCCGUGGGAAGAAAGUUUCUGUGGAUCUUAAUGUACGAGAAUAUUGUACAAUGUGCGAUUUGAACUUCUACGGAACAUUAUCAACUCAUAGGAAGAGUGAAAAGCAUCAACAGCUAAAAACAUUUUUACAUCCACGAUGUUUCCCUUGUCUAAAAGAAUUCCCAUCACGUAUUGAAUACGAUGAACAUUGUUUAACUCCUGCACACAUGAAGAAUGCAGUACAGUGUGAAGAACAACGAAAAAAUAAAAAGAAAGAAAAACUUGCAAAAGGAGAAGCUGAAGUACGUACUACUGAAGAUGAAGAGAAAGAUGUUGGCCCUGAUAAUAAACCCGAAAAAGAAGAAGAUAUCGCAGGAGAACAAGAAUAUAUUACGGACAUUGUUGAGAAUAUAAGUGAAAAGAAAUUCAAAAUUCCAUCUUAUAAAUAUUGCCGGCAAAAUCAAGUGUCCAUUGGAAAAUCUAUGGUGAAAGAAGUUCAAGGAUUUUAUUGUGAAAAAUGCAGAAGGUUUAUGCUUUUAGCUGAUGAUAUGAAUGCUCAUUUACGUAGUAUCACUCAUUACCGAAACUUUGUGCAAGAAGUAAAGGCUUUAACUUCAAGUACAGAAACCGCAGAACAAAAAGCAACAGAUAAACAAGAGGCUAACGAAAAUACUCAGGAAAAUGAUAAAGAAUACGAAGCACAUUGGAAACGUCGUAAAGUUACUCAUUCUGACGAUGAAAAUAACGUCGAAAUGAAAGAAGUGCAAGAAAAUAGUACUGAAAACCCAAAUGCUUUAAAGAAAACUGAUGGAGAUGAAAAGUAUGAUCCACUAGAAGCCGAUGCAGAAUCUGAAGAAGAAACUCAUGAUACUGAAAACAGUAGCGAGCAACCUUCACAAAAUGCCACUAAUACCCAGGAAAAAAAGACACCUGUCGAUAAAAUGUGGGCUGACAUUGACAAUGAUAACGAAGCGGAAAUAGGUAAUUUAAUUGACGAUGGAGAUGAGAAAGAACACACUGAGCAUGAAAAACCUGCGCAAAAAUUAGAAAGAGAAAGUCCACAAAUAAAACCUCCCUCGCGUGGCCGAGGUUUUGCACGUGGUCGCGGUAGCCCUCGAGCGCGAAGAGCUCGACGAUAA